AUAAAAUUAUUGUUGUUGUGUUUUUACUUAAAUUACACGCCGUAAAAGUUCCUUUUAAAUUUAUAUACAUUAAUUUUAUAUCGCCAGGUUACACUUUAUAGUAGGUACCUACUACCUACCUCUAAAAAGAUGUUGAACUCUUAGGAUACCUCAGUGUAUUAUGUGUUGGUAUACAAAUACGUGUUUAUUUAUAAGAAUUCAAAAAAACAACAAUAAGGAAGACAUAGUUCAGUACCAAUAGAAGAGUUAAAAACGACUAUUAAUAACCAACAUAAUUCUAAGACCAUACUAUGUAAAAUAAAGAAAAAGUCAAAAUUCAAGAAAUGCAAUAUGCUAUAUAACUGCAAAGAACUUUUGACAAGGAAUGUGGAUAUUCAUACCAGUAUAGGACAAAAUCUUUGUGACUAUUCAAAUAAGUCAUUUUAUAGUAAAUCACAAUUGAAAUCACAUCAUAUAGGAGAAAGCCAUGUCAAUAACAUCUGAUACGUGUGAAUUGUUUUUUCAAGCAGGAAAUUUAAAACAGCAUAUAACAACACAUUCAAAAGAAAAGUCCUAUAAAUGUGAUAUCUGUUAUAAAGGGUAUUCUCGAAAAAUAAAUUUAAUAACGCAUAUAAGAACACAUAUAGGAGAAAAACCGUUUAAAUGUUCAAUCUGUAAAAAAGAGUUUUCUCGGGCAGUAUAUUUAAAAAUCCAUACAAGGAUACAUACUGGAGAAAAUCCAUAUGAUUGUGAAAUCUAUGAUAAAGGGUUUUCUACAAAUUCAAAUUUAGCUGUUCAUUUAAAGUCACACAUUAGUGAAAGGUUGAAUAAAUGUGAUGUUUGUAAUCAAGGGUUUUCUACAAGAACAAAUUUUAUAUCACAUAUAAGGACAUAUACAAUGGAUACACUAUAUAAAUGUGAUAUAUGUGGUGAAUCGUUUGGUCUAGCUGGAACACUAGAAAUGCAUACAAGGACACAUGGUGCGGAAAAACCAUAUAAAUGUGAAAUCUGUGGUAAAGAGUUUUCUACAAAAUCACAACUAACAGUGCAUACAAGGACACAUACAGGAGAAAAACCAUAUAAAUGUGAUUUUUGUCAUAAAAGGUUUUCUACCACAUCAUAUUUAAAAGUGCAUACAAGGACACAUACAGGAGAAAAACCAUAUAAAUGUGAUUUUUGUCAUAAAGGGUUUUCUACCACAUCAUAUUUAAAAGUGCAUACAAGGACACAUACAGGAGAAAAACCAUAUAAAUGUGAUUUUUGUGGUAAAGGGUUUUCUAUAAGAACAUAUUUAAUAAUGCAUACAAGAACACAUACAGGAGAAAAGCCAUAUAUGUGUGAAAUAUGUAAUAAGGGGUUUUCUAUAGAUUCAAAUUUAGCUGUUCAUUUAAAGUCACACACUGGUGAAAGGUUGUAUAAAUGUGAUGUUUGUAAUCUACGGUUUUCUACAAGAACAAAUUUAAAAAACCAUAUCAGGACAUCUCAUACAAGAGAAAAGCCAUUUAAAUGUGAAUUUUGUGGUAAAGGGUUUUCUAUAAGAACAUAUUUAAUAAUACAUACAAGGACACAUACAGGAGAAAAACCAUAUAAAUGUGAUUUUUGUCAUAAAGGGUUUUCUACCAAAUCAAAUUUAAAAGUGCAUACAAGGAUACAUUCAGUAGAAAAGCCAUAUCAAUGUGAAAUUUGUGAAAAAAGUUUUUCUAUAAGAAGUAAUUUAAUAGUGCAUAUGAGGUCACAUACAAGAAAAAAGCCACAUAAAUGUGAAAUAUGUGAUAAAAUGUUUUCUACAGAUUCAAUUUUAGUUGUUCAUUUAAAGUCACAUACUAGUGAAAGGUUGUAUAAAUGUGAUGUUUGUAAUCUAGGGUUUUCUACAAGAACAAAUUUUAUAUCACAUAUAAGGACACAUACAGGGGAUACACCAUAUAAAUGUGAUAUAUGUGGUGAAUUGUUUGGUCUAGCUGGAACACUAGAAAUGCAUAAAAGGACACAUGGUGUGGAAAAGUCAUAUAAAUGUGAAAUCUGUGGUAAAGAGUUUUCUACAAAAGCACAUCUAACAGUGCAUACAAGGACACAUACAGGAGAAAAACCAUAUAAAUGUGAUUUUUGUCAUAAAGGGUUUUCUACCACAUCAUAUUUAAAAGUGCAUACAAGGACACAUACAGGAGAAAAACCAUAUAAAUGUGAUUUUUGUCAUAAAGGGUUUUCUACCAAAUCAAAUUUAAAAGUGCAUACAAGGAUACAUACAGUAGAAAGGUCAUAUCAAUGUGACAUUUGUGAUAGAGGGUUUUCUACAAAAACAAAUUUAAUAGUGCAUAUAAGGACGCAUGCAUGAGAAAAACCAUAUAAAUGUAAUAUAUGGGGAAAAGGAUUUUCUACAAAAGGAAAUUUAAAACACCAUAUAACAACACAUUCAAAAGAAAAGCCCUAUAAAUGUGGUAUCUGUUAUAAAGGGUAUUCUCAAAAAAUUAAUAAAAACCGUUUAAAUAUGCAAUCUGUAAAAAAAGAGUUUUCUACAAGACCACAUUUAAUAUCACAUACAAAGACACAUCCAGGAGAUAAGCCAUUUAAAUGUGGUAACUGUGGUAAAUUAUUUGUUAAAGCUGGAACACUAAAAAGGCAUAUAAAGACACAUAGUGGAGAAAGGCCAUAUAAAUGUGAUAUCUGUGGUAAACGAUUUACUAGAUCGGAUCAUUUAAAAACGCAUACAAUGAUACAUACUGGAGAAAAGCCACAUAAAUGUGCAAUCUGUAAAAAAGAAUUUUCUACAAGAACAAAUUUAAUAUCACAUACAAGGACACAUACAAGAGAAAGGCCGUAUAAAUGUGAAACCUGUAAAAAAAAAUUCUCUACAAGAGCACAUUUAAUAUCACAUACAAGAACACAUACAGGGGAAACACCAUAUAAAUGUGAUAUCUGUGGUAAAUUGUUUGCUGAAGCUGAAACACUAAAAAGGCAUAUAAGGACACAUACUGGAGAAAGGCCAUAUAAAUGUGAUAUCUGUGAUAAAUUGUUUUCUCAAACUGGAACACUAAAUAGGCAUAUAAGGGAACAUGGUGGAGAAAAACCACAUAUAUGUGAUAUUUGUGAUAAAGGGUUUUCUUCAAAAUCAAAUUUGACAGUGCAUAUAAGGAAACAUACUGGAUUAAAACCGUUUAAAUGUGCAAUCUGUAAAAAAGAGUUUUCUUCAAGAGUAAAUUUAAUAUCACAUACAAGAACACAUACUAGAGAAAGGCCAUAUAAAUGUGAUAUCUGUGGUAAUUUGUUUGCUCUAGCUGGAACACUAAAAAGGCAUAAAAGGACACAUAGUGGAGAAAAACCAUAUAUAUGUGAUAUUUGUGAUAAAGGGUUUUCUUCAAAAUCAAAUUUGACAGUGCAUAUAAGGAAACAUACUGGAUUAAAACCGUUUAAAUGUGCAAUCUGUAAAAAAGAGUUUUCUUCAAGAGUAAAUUUAAUAUUGCAUAAAAGGACACAUACAGGUGAUAAGCCAUAAAAAUGUGAUUUCUGUGAUAGGAGGUUUUAUUGUGCAGCAAAUUAA